AUGUUGGCGGACGCUCGUGACGGAGCUCGGGUCCCAAUAUCGAUCGUCCGGCACCGAGAAACGCCGGUCGACGGGACUGCUCCCCUGUACCUCUACGGUUAUGGGGCCUAUGGCCUCGCUAUGCCUCCCUCCUUUUCCACCACGCGUCUUUCGCUGCUGGACCGGGGUUUCAUUUUCGCCAUUGCACACAUCCGUGGCGGGGACGACCUAGGAUACCAUUGGUACGAAGCAGGCAAGCUGGACCAGCGCUCCAAUACUUUCAAUGACUUCGUAGACGUUGCCCGUCACCUCCUAGGGGGGGGGUACGGAUCGGAGGGACGCAUCGCGAUCGCCGGGGGCAGCGCCGGCGGGCAGCUGAUGGGUGCAGUGGUGAACCAGGCACCGGAGCUGUGGGGUGCAGUGGCCGCACAUGUCCCGUUCGUCGACGCGCUGAACACGAUGCUGGACGACAGCCUGCCGCUCACGCCCAUCGAAUGGCCCGAAUGGGGCAAUCCCAUCGAGGACAAGGCCGCCUUCGAUUGCAUCCGGUCGUAUUCUCCGUAUGACCAACUGAAGCCGCGCGACUAUCCUCCGAUACUGGUCACCGCGGGGUUGAACGACCCCAGGGUUACCUACUGGGAGCCAGCCAAGUACGUGGCCAAGCUGCGGACGCUGAAGACGGACAGCAACCCGCUGCUACUGAAGACAAACAUGGGCGGGGGCCACGGGGGACGGUCGGGGCGCUUCGACCGGCUGUACGAGGUGGCUGAGGAGUAUGCCUUCAUGCUGGCGAGCAUGGGGCUGUUGGAGUAG